GAGACGUGCCGUGUAUAACGCGUAUCGCACCCUCGUACGUUAUUGUCCUUCGAUCGCGAUCUAUUAUAAACAUAAUAUACACACACGCAUACGGUCUUAUUCAUAAUAAUAAUAUAAGUACGCUCGGUGAGUGCGAAGAUAACGAUGCGGUUAAUACCCACGCGAUCAGGACCUUCGAGGCCAGUGUGAUUGGACGUGGUUGUUACUAUAACAAUAAUAAUAAUUUUUUUUUUUUUUACUUGGUUUCGGUUUUUUCUUGACUUGAGUUAAUACGAAUUUGUAGACAUGAAGGUGUCCGGUAUCUUGUGUUUGUUGAUCAUGGCCCUGGACCCCGGGGUCCGGGGCGACGAUCUUAAUGAUCUGGCUGAUAAUGCCAGAUGUCCUUGGCUGUGUUCCUGUGAUCAGACUACUGCCGAUUGUUCCAGGAAAGGGCUGGAUGAAGUUCCAAAGAAUUUACCCUCCGAUAUCGAAAGACUAGACCUGCAAGGAAACAACAUUACGGUCAUAUCGUCUACCGACUUUGCCAACCUGACUAAUUUACGAGUCUUGCAAUUGUCGGACAAUCAAAUUCAUACGAUUGAGAAAGGAUCUUUCAAACAUCUCGGUCGAUUGGAACGAUUACGAUUAAACGGCAACGAGCUCACCGAAGUGCCCGAUUUGGUGUUCUACAACAACCCACAGCUUUCUAGACUUGAUCUGAGCCAUAAUCGUUUGCUGUUCGUUGGGAAGAGCAUGUUGAAGGGUGCUCAGGCUUUAAGAACUUUGCUAAUGGACAACAACCGUCUCCUGUGCAUUGACGAACAUGCCAUCAAAGGACUCAAAGACCUGGAAAUACUAACUCUAAACAACAACAACCUAACCACGCUCCCGUCGGGACUGUUUUCCGACCUUUACCGCCUGCGAAACAUUCGAUUGUCCGAAAACAAGUUUCAAUGUGACUGUAAGCUGGAAUGGCUGUACCAGCAAUGGUUACCUAGAAUUCCUAGACUCGGAUCAUCAACUCAGUGCCACGGGCCAUCAAACAUGGCUGGUCUGCCACUGUCUGAUAUGCAUAAACACCACAUGCAGUGCGACGGCGAUUUCGACGGAGAGACGGUGGAAUGUGGUCCUGGCUUCGAAGACCAAAAGUCCUCGUGCCCGCAUCCGUGUUCGUGUGAAGAGGGGGGUAUCGUGAAUUGCAGGGAGAAGUCGUUGACCAAGGUGCCAACAAAAUUGCCGGAGGACAUCGUAGAACUGAGACUAGAACAAAAUCAAAUCACCGAAAUCCUCCCCAAAGCGUUCGUUAAAUACAAGCGUCUGCGAAGAAUUGACCUCAGCAAAAACCAGAUAACAAAAAUAUCAGUGGACGCCUUUCAGGGUCUGAAGUCGUUAACAUCUUUAAUGCUGUACGGCAACAAAAUAAAAGACUUGCCCGGUGGCGUGUUCCAUGGCCUCACUUCGUUGCAACUGUUGCUUUUGAACGCAAACGAAAUAUCGUGUAUACGAAGAGACGCUUUCAGAGAUUUACACAGCGUCAAUUUGCUCUCACUGUACGAUAACAACAUAAAGUCUUUGGCAAAUGGAACGUUCGACUACAUGAGGAGUAUCCAAACUCUUCAUUUGGGCAGAAAUCCAUUUAGCUGCGACUGCAACUUACGUUGGUUAUCAGAGUAUUUGCAUAAAAAUCCAAUUGAAACCUCUGCCGCUCGGUGUGAGUCACCGAAAAAGUUACAAAAACGAAGAAUAGAUGGCUUGAGCAAUGACAAAUUCAAGUGUCUAGAUGACAUGAAAUCUAAAAUCACCGAUUGUUUCUCGGAUGUCCCAUGUCCAUCGAACUGUUCCUGUGACGGUACAGUUGUCGAUUGUUCCGGAAGAUCGUUAACUGAAAUACCAAAAGACAUACCAAUUUACACCACCGAAUUACUUAUGAAUGACAACGAAAUCGGAAAAAUCAAGUCUGAUGGUUUGUUUGGUCGGUUGCCUCAUUUACAAAAACUAGAAAUGAAAAGAAAUAUCAUUAGUAGCGUUGAAGCGAACGCUUUUGAAGGCGCCAUCAAAUUAUAUGAACUGAACUUAUCUGAAAACAAGAUUCGACAAGUACACAAUAAAAUGUUCAUUGGUCUUCACAAUUUAAAAAUUUUAACUUUGCUAAACAACGAGAUAACGUGUGUUAUGCCUGGAUCUUUCGAUUAUCUACCUGCCCUCCGCACUCUAAACUUACAAAUGAACCCUUUCAAUUGCAAUUGUCAUCUAGCUUGGUUUGCCGAAUGGCUGAAAAAACACGGGCUAAUUGCCGGAAGUCCCCGAUGCGCCGGGCCCGCUCGAGUAAUGGACGUCCCUAUUCACGAUUUACCUUCAUACGAAUUCAAAUGCUCCGGUGACAACGAUCAGGGUUGUCUUGGUGACAACUAUUGUCCUCCAAAGUGCACAUGCAUUGGAACCGUAGUCCGCUGUACGAGGGCGAAGUUAGUCGAAAUACCAAAAAAUAUUCCAGUUGAAACCUCAGAGUUAUAUUUGGACGUAAAUGAAAUUACAUCGAUUAAAGUAGAUAGACUAAACCAUCUUAAAUCGCUUACAAGAUUGGAUUUAAGUAAUAACCAUUUAAUAGUUUUAUCAAACAACACGUUUUCACAAUUAUCCAAAUUAUCCACUCUACUGUUAGGAUACAAUAAGUUACAAUGUCUGGAAAAAAAUUCACUGGCUGGCCUUAAGUCGUUGAGAAUCAUUUCAUUACAUGGAAAUAAUAUCUCAUUGAUACCAGAUGGCACAUUUUCAGGCUUAGACUCGAUUACUCAUUUAGGUAUCGGCUCCAAUCCGCUGUACUGCGAUUGUAGUUUACAGUGGUUAGCGGAAUGGAUUAAAAAAGAUUUCAUCGAGUCAGGUAUAGCCAAAUGUGCAGAACCUAGUUCCAUGAAGGACAAACUUCUUUUAUCUACGCCGGUUUCGAGUUUCGUUUGUAAAGAACCUAUUGGCAAAGACAUCCUGUCCAAGUGCAAUACGUGCUUCACCAACCCUUGUUCAAACGAAGGCUUCUGCGAACCUUUACCCGAAAGACAGUACAAGUGCAGAUGCAAUCCCGGAUAUCACGGUAAACAUUGUGAAAACAUGAUUGACGCGUGUUACGGUAAUCCGUGCAGGAACUCGGGAACUUGCAAGCUGCUAGAAGAAGGCAGAUUCAGUUGCCAAUGCGCAUCAGGUUUCACUGGAGACCGUUGUGAAACAAAUAUCGACGACUGUUUGACCAACAAAUGCGAAAACAAUUCUACUUGCGUUGACUUGAUUCAAGCGUAUGAGUGUCGUUGUCAACCCGGAUAUACGGGUGAUUAUUGUCAAACAAAAAUACAAUUCUGUUCCAAAGACUUCAAUCCGUGUCACAACGGAGCUAAGUGCGUCGAUCACAUUACACAUUACGCUUGCGAAUGUUCACUCGGGUUUUCGGGUGACAAUUGCACAAUAAACAACGACGACUGCCAAAACCACAUGUGCCAGAACGGCGGUCUGUGCGUGGACGGAAUUAACGACUAUACGUGUAAAUGUGUUGGAGAAUAUACCGGCAAGUUCUGCGACAUUUCUCCGAGCGUCGCACUCAUGUACCCACAGACUUCACCGUGUCAGCAUCACGAAUGCAAAAAUGGAAUAUGCUAUCAACCGAACGGUUCUACGAACGACUACUUAUGUAAAUGUGCUCCAGGGUACUCAGGCAAACGGUGUGAAUAUCUGACCAGCUUAAGUUUUGUACAUAAUACUUCGUUCGUUGAAUUAGAACCUUUGAGGACCAAACCCGAGGCCAACGUGACUGUUGUGUUUACGACAACGCAAGAAAAUGGAAUUUUGUUGUACGACGGCCAUUCCGAACACUUGGCCGUUGAAUUAUUCAACGGACGUAUUAGAGUCAGUUACGACGUUGGAAACUAUCCCGUUUCAACCAUGUACAGUUUUGAAAUGGUUGCGGAUGGCAAGCAACACAUGGUCGAGCUGUUGUCGAUCAGAAAAAAUUUCACACUGAGAGUUGACGGAGGCGUGGCCAGAUCGAUAAUCAACGAAGGAUCCAGAGAUUAUUUGAGACUCACCUCGCCGUUGUAUAUAGGUGGCACACCCCCAGAUCCCGGUGCCGAAGCAUUUAAUCAUUUUCAUCUAAGAAAUUUGACCAGUUUCAACGGUUGCAUGAAAGAGCUUUGGGUGAACCACAAACUGGUAGACUUUAUGAACGCAGCGCGUCAACAAAAAGUGACGCCCGGAUGUUCGCUGCUCCAGGACGAAGAACAGAUGGUUGAAGAAGAGGGAGUGAAGUCGAUGGGUAUUGCCGAACAAGAGCAAAGCUCGACCAUAAUUGACGAGGAACAGAUGGAACCACAAGAAGGUCCGAUUGAAGAAGACGAGGACGACGAGGACGACGAAGAUGAGGACGAAGACGAAGACCCAUGCUACAACAACCAGUGCCAUAAGGGCAGCAAGUGCGAGCCCAAAGGCAUGAAAGAAUACACUUGCAAGUGCCAACCCGGUUGGUCGGGCAAGUACUGUACGCAAGGUCCCACGUGCAAAAAGGUACAGGUGCGAGAGUACUACACGGAGAACAACUGCCGGUCGAGGAAACCGCUGAAGAUGGCCAAGUGCGAGGGCGGCUGCGGGACGAGCUGCUGCCGGGCGCGGAAGACCAAGAAGCGGAAGGUCCGGUUGAUAUGCAACGACGGCACGCGGUACACCAAAGACAUCGAAAUCAUACGCAAGUGCGCGUGCGCCAAAAAAUGCUAUUGACUACCAGGCCCCUCCACAGCACCGCCGCCAACGCCGCAGCCGCCCACGCCGCGCACCGUCGUCGUGCUGCCCCACGUCUCCCGCGGGGCGGCCGCCGUCGACGCGAACCGCCGGCCGCGCCGCACCAGACACCGCCAGCAGCCGACGCAACGUCCACAGCAUCGCGCGUGGACCGAAGACGCGUUCGCGUACGUGACCGCGUACGCCGCCGUCUCCGUCACCGUCGAACUGUUGAUCGUCGUCAUCUGGUCGGUCAGCGUUUGUAUAUAUCUUCUUCUGCCGUAACCAACCCUGCACCUUAGUAUUAUUAUUAUUAUUAUUAUUAUUAUCGUCGUCGCCGCCGCCGCCGUCAUUGCUAUAUUAUAUUAUUAUUAUUAUAAUUAUUAUCAUAAAAUUAUAAAAAAUAUUGUACCGUUGACCAUAAUAAUAUACACUACGUAACAUUGUCAUUAAACCUAUAUAUACGUCAUACCCACUACGGGCUACAGCCGCCGCGUUGUCGCAGACCCCGUGACUUUUUUCAUCGUCUUAACUGUUUUUCUUUUCUUUUUAAUUACUACUACUAUUAUUAUUAUUAUUAUUAUUAUUUUAAGUAAUUACCUACUAAUUAAUAUUAAACAUAUUUUAUAUACGUAUAAACAUAAUAUUAUAAUACUAUUAUUAUUAUUAUUUUUUUUUUUUUACGUAAUUUACGAUGUAUUAUGAUUGUAUACUUAAAAUGAACCGCCGUCUCUUAAUCGUUUCGACAACGAGAAUAUUAUCAUUACAAUAAUAUCGUAUAUAUUAUAUCACAUAUACUGCUAUCAGGGGCGUACCCAUGGAGAGGGUUUGGGGUCUGAAUCCCUCCCGUUGAUUGACAGAAUUUGAAAUUCUUAAGGUACAACCACUGAUUGUAUACUAUCUUUUACAUGUUAAAAAAUUCGGACCCCCCCCAUUUGAAAAAUUUCUGGAUACGCCCCUGUAUACUACCUAUAUAUUAAUAUAUUAUUUAUAUGAUACAGUAUUUUUUUUUCGGUACGACGAUCUCCGUAAAUAUUUUUUAUGCACUGUAGAAGGUACGUGUGUGAUGCUCAUCUGUGCUUGCACUAUAGAUAAUAUUAUAGUCGAUUCUGUAUACCUAUUAAUAUUAUAAUAUUCUCGCUUUAUGUACCUAAUAUAAUUAUGUAAAGUGAAUGAUGCCAUUCGACGUCAAAAGUCAAAACACACCCAUACUCAAUCUCUCUUUUUAUUUAGCGGAACUCUCUACCACGGUAUACCCACCCUACAGCUGUGUCCAUAUUAUAUUUUACGUUGUAUUUUAUAUUAUAUUAUCGUGUAGUCGAAAUUUAGUAGUGUUUAUAUAGUCGUUAAUAAUAAUAAUCGAAAAAUAAUAAUAUUAUUAUGUCUUAAGAAUCCUGUUUCUCAGUGUAAAUAUUUUUUAUAGAACUUAUGUAUUCAUAAUAUGUAUUCUCUGGUGCAUUGGUUAAAGCAAGAAGAAAUUUAUAUACAAUAAUAAUAUCGCAUAUAUAUAUAUAUAUAGCGCGUGUGAACGUUUCCGGAGCAGAAAAGCACAUUCUUUUUUAUGUUAUGUGCGGAGGGGCCUUUUUCAAUGUUUUUCCAUUUUAUUUUUAUACAUCAUCUUUUUGUAUAGUGUACAAGUGUAGAGUUCGUUAAAAAAUAUAUAUAAAUAUAUAUAUAUUAAAUAAAAAGUUUUAAAAUUAAAAAAAAAAUUAUUUAUAUACCUAUAAAUGGAAUGACCGUUAUUGUGUUUUAUCGCAUUUGGUUCUGUUUUGUGUAACAAUAUUGAUAUAAUACUUUUUCCCUUUAUGUACGAAAAAUAUUAAUAUAUAAUGAUAUAUAUACCUAUUAUAUAAAUAUUUUAUGUAAAUAUACUGGUGUUAAUUGUUUUUUUUUCGAUCAAAACUGUAUCGACUGUAUCGAACAAUAUGUAAGAAAACGAAAUUGUGUUUACUGUUUAGUAUAUUGUAUAACUGUGUUAGUAAAUAGUUGAUGCCUAUAAAAGUAUAAAAAUUCAAAUUCACGGCCCGCGUCGCGUAGUAAAUUGUCAAAAUUACUUAACGAAUUAAAAAAUAUGAGCGCACAUAACUUAUUAGACGAUUAAGUUUCGGAAAAUAACCAAUACCUAAUUAUGACGUUUAAAUUUGUUCUGAUUUUCAUCGCGUAAUAUUUUAUAUAUCUUCACUAAAUUUGUCACAUGCAGCCGCUGAGAAAAAAAAUUAAUUUAAUUUAUCUUUACUACGUAUACCUAUAUCGUCUACAAUAUUCGGUUCCCAAUUACCUGAACGAACUAGACGUAUUAUAACCACCUAUUUAUUUAUCAUAAGACUUGAAUACUUUAUUUUUUUAUGUAAAACUUUUAAGUUAAUUUUAUUUGGUACAAUAAUUUUUAUUUUGUGUUUCGAAUAAGUUAUAUUUUUUAAACAGAGUGGUUUAUUGACGAUUUCCCGAGUUAUAGAGUUAUGUGUAAAUAUAAAUAUUAAUUAGAUAAAAAUAUAAUAAUAUUAAUAUCAAUAAUUGUAUAAAUAUAAACUGCACAUCAUGGAAAUCAAAAGUUAGAUAACCCCGCCCAUUAUUAGCGUUAUUAGCCAUUUUUCACUUCCCACAUUCUCGACAAAUUCCAAAAUAAUAUUCUCGGAACCUAUAUUUAAAAAAAAAACCUUGACGAUUACUACAACUACCACUUGUUACUAAUUCUACUAUUACUAUUACUAUUACUACUACAGUACUAUAUACUACUACUACUACUACUACUACUACCACUACCACAACCACUACCAAUACUAGCUAUUAUACUAUAGUACUAUUUAUGAUAGUUGCUUUAUAGAGUAAUAUAAUAUAAUGCUACGUUAUAAAUUUAAGCUCCAAAUAAUAUAAACACUAUUGUAUUUUACAUUUAUUUUAUUGAUGUUUUUAAAUUAAUAUAAAAAUAAAACAUGUUUCAAAAAUCCAAGUGAAAAAAAUAAAAAAUGUAUAUAAUAUACCUAUAA